GUCUCUGCAGUAGAAACAUCGAGUUUUGAAUCGUAUUUAAUACGAAGGAGGACGCAUUAGUUUUUCCAAUUUAGAGUAAUGCAACCUUACUUUGGCAAUAAUAGGCAUUGGAAUCUUAUUGAGAAAACUCGUGCAGCUGAAGUUUUCUUAACCGGCGAAGGCGUGCUCCACCCACAUGUUCACCCCACUCAAUUUGCACUCCCCACUUUGGAGUUAUCAUCUCCGUCGUGCAAGAGUGAGAGUUUAUUUCUGGGUAAACGUGACAUGGUUGAUACACCACCAACUCAUCAUGGAUUGCUUCAGUAUCUGCAUUUUCGCCAUUCUAUUUACGGCGUGCCAAGUGUCCAUCCAGAAAAGCCACCCUUCUCGUACAUAGCUCUGAUUGCAAUGGCAAUCCAAAGCUCGCCGUCUGGGAAAUUAACGUUGAAUGAAAUUUAUCACUUUGUGAUGGAGAAAUUUCCAUACUACCAAGAUAAUAAGGUCGGAUGGCAGAACAGCAUUCGCCACAACCUUAGUUUAAACAAUUGUUUUAUAAAACUUCCCCGUGACGAUAAGAAGCCUGGGAAAGGGAGCUACUGGUCACUUGACCGCGAUUCUUACAAUAUGUUUGAGUAUGGAAACUACCGUAGGAGAAAGCGAAGACCACGUCCAAGUUUGAAGAGAUGUGUUGUUAAUCACACUGACGAUGCAUGCAGGAAUGGCGAAGCCGACACUUUUUCUUCCAGAAAUGUCAAGAAGAGAUUGGACAAACUUCCAGAAAUGCUUAACUAUGAGAUGGCAGAUUUCGAUGAUGAGGAAAAGCAGAUGACGAAGAACGUCAGUUUACAAAUUGAAGAAGAUGACGGGAGCGGACAUGAUUUAUCAUCGAAUAUGACAACUCGGCCAAGCACAACUCCUACGACGGGUAAACUAGGAAAAUUUGUUCUUGAAAACGGCAGAAGUGAUAGCAGCACAAUAGUGACACCCGAUGAGUCAGAAACCACAGAAGAGCUGAUUUGUUCACAUUUUGUAUGCAUUAAUGGGACAGCGAGAGGAAGAAGUGAAAGUUUAAAAAUUGCAUGCUCUGAUAAUGAAAUGUCCCAAAAUUGUAAAAUGUUUAAAAUCGAAUAUUUGAUAGAAAACCGAUAGCAUGAUCAUUAUAGUUGAAAUGGUAUAUGCAUACAUAUUUACAAUUUAUUACAUUAUGAAAUUAUAGCCAGUAAUUUAUAGAGAAAGGCAUUAAUAAAUCUGUUGCCCUAUUA